AUGGAUGCUAAGGGAAUCCAACUCCCUAUUGAUGACUGUGACGUUAAGAUGUUGACAUUGGGUUGCCGAGAAGGAGAGGCCACUGUUCAAUUUCUGGUUGCGGCACCUAAGGAAGCGAUGAAGAAUUUGAUCAAAGCUAGCAAGACUCACAGCGAUAAAGACUGUAGUGAUGAAGAAGCUGACUUGAGUAAAAAUCGAAGACUAUUCUGGCUGGAGACAUGCUCCAGAAUCUUCCUGUAUCGUGGAGGCCAUACCAAUACUGCCGGUGUUUAUUUUGCGGCGCAUGAACUCAGAGACUAUCUACAGAGCGUGGACCCAGAAGGCAAGUUCUCUGAAGUUUCGGACCGUAUUUGCUCAGAUGGAGUUGGCUUAUCACUGUCGGAUAUGUCGGAGGUAUUACAGGGCAUGAAGCAUGAGGAGGCAUUGCAAAUCAUAGGCUGUAGAGACUUGACCUCUAAGGAAGUGAAAGGCAUUAAGAAUAAUGUUACGGAAGAAUGGCAAGCACUCCUACAAGAAUCACCCACCCGAUGUUGCCUCGCUGUCUCUACCGCCUCCCUUAUAGUGGCUGGUAUAACUACAUUCUUGUUAUAUCGUUGGUUGGCUCCUACCGGUAAUUCAACCGGUCCAUUAAGUUCGAACGCCGGAAGCAAUAAUACAAAACUAUUGGACGUUGUUUCAAAGGUCGUCGCGAACACGACGGAACAAAUUUUCGGAAGAAGUAUGACCGGACAAUAUUACACUCCCAACAUGGAUGUCACCCUGGGUGAUAUUGCUACCGCCGUCGCUGGAAACUUAUCGCACGAAGCUUUGCAUAAUAUCAAUGUGAGUGAUGCUACCCAUGUGGGUGAUGCUACCCAUGUGAGUGAUGCUACCCAUGUGAGUGAUGCUACCCAUGUGAGUGAUGCUACCCAUGUGAGUGAUGCUACCCAAGUGAGUACCGCGGUCAUAACCAAGGAUACCAGCCCGAGGGGAUACGAGACCAAUACCACGGCCCAUUAUGGCACAACCGCCCAUUACGAUACGCCCUUGAAGAACGAGACAAGCCUAUUUUCGGGGGCGAGGAUAGAUCCAUCUGACUUGGCCCGACUCCUAACCAUGUGCGAGGGAGAUUGGGAGAAGUUAGACGCAAGGUUAGGUAAAUAUCCAUGCGGUGGUGGCCCUGGACAAGUGCGAUGUGCAACACCGGAAGGUACCUUCCCUGGCGCCUGUUAUCAUUUUGGAGCUCCAUGGACCUACGACGUAUUUGCUGUGAGGAAUGGUAUAAAGGCUCGUCGGUGGGGCACGGGAAAGUGCGUGGUGAAAUGCGAUCGAAAAGACAUGAUUCUACCCAAUCUGUGGGCUCAAACAGAAAGGAAUCUACCCGGGAUUCCUGAGCGCCCUGGUCCGGGCUUUCUGGACUUUACUUACACUCUCUCUGAUAUCGAGCCGCGUGAUUUUCGGGCAAUGCUGGAAGCGCGUGCACCGGUUAUAGAAAGCUGUUCAGGCUCAUGUGCUGGUAGCUGUGAGAAAGAUCGUCGUGUCCUGAACUGCUCAUGUGAUGUUGCACAGGUCAAUUGCGAUAUGAGGGAGUCAAAACAGACAAUAGAAUCAAUAGGUUAUAAUACUACUUUAAAAGAUGUGUUUAAAUUCCUAUAUCCUUACAACAUUAAGAACGAUGAUUAUGAGGCUAGCUACUGCGAAUUUGUAUGCCGUAAUAUGAGGCCCGAUAUUGCAGCCCGAGGUGGGGAAGUGCGAGUUGUAGAGACAGUGCCCGAUGAUAAUAGUUUGCUCGGUUGGAGACUGAGUAGAAAAGAAUUGAGUCUGUAUCAAGCAUCUUUCAAAGAGUGUUACCGUAAUAAGGAUUGGAUUAAGUUGAAUAAGAUUGGUCCAGAUAUAUGUAACGGUGGAAGUGGAUUGAUCAAAUGUAAGCACGAAAUAUUUGGUGGCAAGGUCCCUGCCGAUUCUCUACUCUUUGGAGAUUUCGGCAUAGUUCCGAAAAUACCCGAUAACCCUUACUCAUGCCAUCGUUUUGGUCCUCAACAUAUGGGUGUAUAUGCCGUACAGGAUGCCAUAAAACAUUAUUUAAUGAAUGUUGAAGAUUGUUCAGCACACUGCGAUACAACCCAACAAUUCUAUGAUGACAUGUGGAGGCUAGCCGAUGACAAUUUAAAAUACCUACCUGGAUAUACCAGUUAUUAUUCACCAAAAUUUGAAUAUGCCCCAUACCACUUCUCACAGGCACUUGCUGACAAAUAUCCAACAAUACGCCAAACAUCAAAUUGCGAUCGAAACAACUGUACUGCUGCUGACGACCGACUCUGUCGUGUAGCCCGUAUCGAAUGUAAGACCGAGCUCGACGAUAUUCACAAGGUUCAAUCCUUCGGAUUUAAAACCACCCUCCGCGACGCUUUCAAGAUGCUGGGUAUCCCCGCUCAUGUACCCGAUAAUACCAAAAGAGAAUGUGUCACCGAAUGCUACGGUGAAUUGUGGCCGGACACUGAUCUAUGGCCGGACACUGAUUCGAACAACAAACAACAAUCUUCCCACUGA